AUGGCGUCAGGACGCGGUGUCCGGAGUGAUUCCCUUUGGUCCCCUGAGGUCCCUGCAACUUUCCGGCAAAAGCAGGACCUGGGAGAUGCAGUGACCUAUGAGGAUGUGCAUGUAAACUUCACUCCUGAAGAGUGGGCCUUGCUGGAUCCUUCCCAGAAGAGUCUCUACAAAGAUGUGAUGCUGGAAACCUACUGGAACCUCACUUGUAUAGGCUACAAAUGGAAAAACCAGAAUAUUGAAGAACAUUGUCAAAGUUCUAGAAGACAUGGAAGGUAUAUCAUUUUCAAAGAUACAAAAAUAACCAAUACUCAACAGGAUCUUUAUGAAUGUAAGCAACAUGAUAAAACAUUUGAAUCUGAUUCCUCUUUAAAAGUACACCAAAGAACUCAUUUGGAAGUAAAAAACUAUGAAUAUAAUCAAAGUAUUAUAGUCUUUCCAUGUCACAGUCUCAAUCAAUUAUGUACAACUCAUACUAGAGAGAAAACGCAUGGAUAUCAUCAAUGUGAGACCACCAUUGCACAUGCCAGUUAUCUUCUAAUACAUGAAAAAACUCCUACUGGGGAGUUACCUCAUAAAUGUAAUCAAUGUGGUAAAGUCUUUGCACUGAAGAAGUAUCUUCUCAGACAUGAAAGAAUUCAUAUUGGAGAGAAACCCUAUGAAUAUAAUCAAUGUGAUAAAGCCUUUGGACAUAAAUAUUACCUUCAAAUACAUGAAAGAAGUCAUACUGGAGAGAAACCUUAUGGUUGUAAUCACUGUGGUAAAGCCUUUGCAUAUAAAAGUGUUCUUCGCAGGCAUGAAAGAAGCCAUACUGGAGAGAAACCCUAUGGAUGUAAACAGUGUGAUAAAGCCUUUGGAUAUAAAUAUUACCUUCAAAUACAUGAAAGAAGUCAUACUGGAGAGAAACCUUAUGGAUGCAGUCAAUGUGGUAAAGCCUUUGUACGUAAACUUGAGCUUCAAAUACAUGAAAGAAGUCAUACUGGAGAGAAACCCUAUGGAUGUAAUCAGUGUGGUAAAGCUUUUGCAUAUAAAAGUGUUCUUCGCAGGCAUGAAAGAAAUCAUACUGGAGAGAAACCCUAUGGAUGUAAUCAGUGUGGUAAAACAUUUGCAUAUAAAAGUCAUCUUAAAAUACAUGAAGGAAGUCAUACUGGAGAGAAACGUCAUGGAUGCAAUCAUUGUGGUAAAGCCUUUUUACGUAAAGUUGAUUGUAAAAUACACGAAAGAGGUCAUACUGGUGAGAGACCCUAUGAAUGUAAUCAGUGUGGCAAAGCCUUUAUCCAUAAAGGUGCUCUUCUCAGGCAUGAAAGAAUUCAUACUGGAGAGAAACCCUAUGAAUGUAGUCAAUGUAGUAAAGCCUUUGCACAGAAGUAUCAUCUUUACAGGCAUGAAAGAAGUCACACUGGAGAGAGACCUUAUGAAUGCAAUCAAUGUGGUAAAGCCUUUUUACGUAAAGAUGAUUGUAAAAUACAUGAAAGAGGUCAUACUUGUGAAAAACUAUGAAUGUAGUCAAUGUGGUAAAGCCUUUGCACAGAACAAUUGUAUUCAAAUACAUGAAAGAAGUCAUACUGGAGAGAAAGUCUAUGAAUGUGAUCAAUAUGGCAAAGCCUUUAUCCGUAAAAGUGCUCUUCUCAGGCAUGAAAGAAUUCAUACUAGAGAGAAACCCUAUAAAUGUAGUCAAUGUAGUAAAGCCUUUGUACAGAAGUAUCCUCUUUACAGGCAUGAAAGAAGUCAUACUGGAGAGAAACUUUAUGGAUAUAGUUAAUGUGGUAAAGCUCUUAGACGUAUUGUAUUUCAAGAAUAUGAGAAUAUGGGAUAAUUUGAAUAAUAAAACCUAUUUGCAAAUGAAAA